UUUCGACUACCACUUGUAAUCUUCCUCAGUGUCAGUUAUCCACGAGUGGAUUCGAAGAGGGUAUUCUGCUUAGAGGGUUCGAAAAGUCGAUACAAGAUCAACAUUGUUGUUACUUCGUAAAAUGGCUCAUAAACGCAUGCAUUCUUACGUGAUUAUCUUUGAAAGAAACUGGACUUUUACGUGUCGCAAAAAAUCGGGCAUCAACAGCGCCGGUAAUAUGGAUUGGAUAAAAUGUUGAAAUUCCAAGAAAGCUGAUUUCUACUGCGCAAAACAUAGCCAGUAAGUGGCUUUGUUGUUAAGCUAGAUAAGCUAUCCAGCCUAAAAGAAAGAUAGUGGAGCAAAGAGAAUUAUCGUGUGCUUGCCACAUGCAGAACACCGAGUAGAAAAGCGUGCUCUGCCCACUUUUCUCGGAACGUAAUGCCAACGGAAAAGAAAAGAAGAUAGAUAAGAUAAGAUACCUAAGCUAAUAAGUAUUGAUAACUUGACUUCGAUAAUUUGGCAAGUGCUUUUGACAGUUUUGUGAAGACAGUUGCAAAGAACGUUUGUUUGGUGCAAGUCAGAGAAAAAUCUGGUGGAGAAUUCAGCUGACUGGAAUUCGGACUCUACAAAGAUUAGCGUCGAAACUAAACAGUACCUAUUACAUCUUCUUUUCAAUUUCAGAAUAAAAUGGCAUCCUCAAUGGGGGAUGUUAUAGAUCCGGAAACUAUAAGCCUUGUGGCGUACGAAAGCAGUAUCAAGUCUGGAACUCACGGCGAAGUUUACCAGAAGCAACUGGCCAUAGCACUUUUGCUAAGGCUGACACGAGAAGGGAAGAACUACCGCUUAGCUUAUGAACUGACAUCCGCGGAUAAGUUCGAUGACGUGGUGCUGUACGAUAAGACAGCCAAGCAAUGGACUUUUCUACAAUCAAAACAUGCCGACCGAAAACAAUCGAAGAUAGAUCUCAAUGGCUUGCUACCAAAAACGAAUCGAGAGAAAGGAGAUUUUAGCUUGUACAAAUAUUUCUAUUCCUAUAUGUUAAUUCGAAAUAGAUUCAAAGGCAAAAUCAACUUAAUGCUGUUCAUCAACAAAAAACUAGAUGAAAAGUUGAAAACUGCUGAAGAUUGCGUGACGAUCAAGAAUCGAUAUGUAGAUGAAUAUCUUCGCUUUGCAUCUGAUGGAGCAACCCAAAAAUUACUCAUACCAAGUGAAUCAACAAUACAAUCAAUCGUGGAAUACACUAACAAAGAUUUAUAUUCCCUGAAGGACGCUAUCAAGCAACUUUUUACUAAAGGAAUCAUUACAGAUCAACUUAAAAAGUACAAAACAUAUUUGAAAGAUGUUUUAAAGGAGUCGGGAAACUAUCAAAUAAGAUUCUCAGAAACAUUUGACGAAUCACUGAUUUUCAUUUCUGAAUUAUACAAAAGGCUUCAAUCAGAGCUACAUACUUUUAAACCUAUUGGUAAACCACCAGAACUCGAUAUCAAAGGAAUAGAAUAUAAUUCUACAAAUUUGCUGUCGGUGGAUUCCAAACAUCUAGCUGAUGCCAUCGAAAAUCUUUUUCGUAAUGGAAUUGUAUCUGAUUAUUUGAAAAAGUACAAAGAUCUUCUAGGUUUGAUCUUGACAACGACUGCACAUGACCAGCUAGCAUUCAAAGAAACAUUCAAUAAUAAUGUAGUUCCUAAAGCUGAAUUGUGUAGAAUGCUUAAGGCUGAACUGAGUGACAUGAAUAAAGUGGUUACAUUGAAGCAGAAACUUUUUGAUGGAAGGGAUUUACGGACCAAACACCAUUCAGUAUUGUUCUUUGCGGAGGCGUCUGAUGUGAGACAAUUUUUUGAGCUUCUUACCUUAUCUGUGGAUCAACCGGAUGAGUUGGAACCCUUCAUCAUCGAAGAAUUGCACUUAUGGAUGAGAAUGUGGCUGCGACCUGACGUUUUAGGUAAGCUAACCGAAUACCAUUAUAAAAAUGCUGUGAAGGAUUUAGAUGAUUAUUUUGAAUCAACGCUGAAACGCGACCAAGGUAAUUCCGAACCAUACCUAGACCAACAAUUUGUGUCGCAGUAUUGUAACAAGUUACGGUUGAGAAUUGAAGAUUGUUUCCCAGAAUUGAAUUAUACGAAUGAGUUAUAUAUUAACAGAGUGCUAAUAUUUGAAAACGAGGAUAUCGACGAACCACAAUAUUUAAAAGCUUCUCAAUUGGAUGGAUACACAACAUCUCUAUCUAAAAAAACUUGUGAGAAAAUGACAGAUAUUAAAUUUGCAGCAAAUCUGAGGUUAAAGUUUUCACAGUACCAGUGUUUAGUUUUGACGGCGGACCCCGGGGUUGGUAAAACAAAACUUCUUCAAUACCUUGCCUUUGAACUUCAAAAACUAAUGUCAGGAACUGUUUACCUAUUUUACUUAAACAGACUACAAGAUACUGAGGAAGCUUCCGGCAAUGAAGGUGCAUCGUUGAAUAUCCUCAAAUGUGUAUUAUCUGACAAGAAUAUUUUGCUGAUACAAAAAGCUUUGGAAAAUAGGUCCGAUGAUCACAUUACAAUAAUAUUUGAUGGGUAUGACGAAAUACAUAAAAAAAAUAUUAACAAAAUAAAUAGACUGUUGCAAUUAUUGUUCACAUCAAAACAAAUUCAGAUCAUAAUAAGUGUAAGAAAUUAUGAGAAAAAUACACUGCAAAGAUUUUUUGAGGAAUUCAAGAUUAUUGGCGGAUACUUUUCUUUGGAGGCGUUCAGCAAAGAAAAUAUUGUUGAAUACCUUAAACAGUCUUGGAAAGAAAACGUAGAGAGUGAUAUAGAUUUCAAAUUUUACUCAUAUUCCAAAUUCUUGGUUGAUAAAUUCUAUAGCUUGUGCAGAGUUCCAUUGAUGGUUGAAAUGAUGUCGAAAAUAUACAAACAGCGUUUCAAGUUAUUCAAAGAAACUAGUAUGGUCGAUGAAGAAGAUGAAAUAGGCUAUUUGGAAAAGGAGUUCUUAGAAGUUGAACACAUUUACGAAAUGUUCAUAGAAAAUUGUUUACUAGUAAAGAUAGAGGAUGCAUGCCAUGGCAUCGGGAAAGUCGAUCUGAAGAAACACAUAUUUGAUGGGUUUUAUCUUGAUCAUCAGCUGCUUGCAAUAGAGUUUCUUGAUGUUGGUGAUCUCAAGUUUAUCCUCAACAACCCAAAAUACAUAAAAAAGGGGGAAAAUAUUAAAAAAAUCCAUCUGAACCAGAGUGAAAAAUCCAUUUUACUGAAUUUGGUUGACGGUAAAUUUUCGUUUUCACAUCAUUCUUAUGCUGAAUAUUUCGUUGCAACCUUCUUGUGGGAUGAAUGUAUCUAUUUUAAAAAUAUUGUCAAAAAUGUUUUGUCUGGUUUCACAGGAAUAAGAAAGUUUUUUAUUAAAAUAAUCGAAAAAAACAUCGAAUUCGUAGCCAAAAUCGCCCAAAAGACGUCCUUUGAUACAAUAGAUGUCGUUUUUUGGGCAUGUGAAAGCAAUGCUGUAGAGUUGUUAAAAUAUGUGCUUUCAAAAAAAUAUCUGUUCAGGCCAAGUGAAACCAAAAUGUUUCACAUUGCCAUUAAAAACGGCAGUGACAAAAUAUGUUCCUAUUUGAUCGAUGACUGUAAAGUACACCCUGAUGUUAAGUAUCGUGGUGGUCUAGCUCCUCUACAUUGGGCUAUAAUAUACGAUCAUAUGUAUAUGGUUCAGUUGCUGAUAGGGAAAGGAGCAGACAUUAAUGUUCAGAACACAGAUGGUUGGUCAGCUCUGCAUUAUGCAGUUUAUCACAAACGAAUUGAUAUUACCAAUCUAUUGAUCGAUAAAGGCAUUAACGUUAAUUGCCGAAGCAAAAGCAAAUGGAAUGCACUUCAUAUUGCCUGCAAUAACGGUGAUGUUGAGUUGGCAAAAUUGUUAAUAAAAAAUGGAGCAGAGCUUCUUAUGAGGACAAAUGAAGAUAAAACAGCCCUUGACAUAGCUGUGUCGAGAGGUUACACAGAAAUUGCAAUCAUAUUAAUAGAAAAUUUGAUCAACAUUUAUCCUUCGUACAAUGUGGUUGCAACAACAUACCGCACUGCUGUUUUGUUUGGCAACCAUAAUUUACAGGAAGCGCUAAUAAGUAAAUUCUCCAACUUUGUGGAUAUCGAUGAAACGUCAAUUCACAUUGCGGCUCGGGAAGGCUUGUUUGAAAAAGCGAAGGAGUUGCUAAACGACGGUUUCAAUGUAAAUGCAUUGAGUAAAUCAAAGCUCACAGCUUUGCACCUUAGUGCAUCCGCAGGGCACCGACUUGUUGUUGAUCUGCUGUUAGAUGAAGGUGCAAACAUAAACGCUGUAGAUGAAGAUAAUGUGACGCCACUCUAUCUGGCAUGCCAAAAUGGCCAUAAAGACGUUGCGAAGAUCUUGAUUGAAAGAGGUGCUAGUAUUGACACACUAGCUCACAAUAAAUUGUCAGCGCUUCAUGCCAGUGCUUCCAAGGGCUACUGGAAUAUUGUAAAUUUAUUGCUUAAUGAAGGUGCUAUAGAUAGCGUCGUUGAUGAAGAUGGUGUUACACUGCUACAUAUGGUAUGCGAGAAUGGUCACAAAAAGGUUGUGGAGACUUUAGUUAGAAGAGGUGCCAACAUUAACUCGUUAACUAGUGAUAAUCUGACUGCUCUCCACGUAAGUGCUUAUGAAGGCCACUGCAAUAUCGUGAAAUUACUGCUUGAUUACGGUGCUGAUGUGAACGCUGUUGAGAUAGAUGAAUGGACACCUCUUCACUUAGCAUGCCAAAAUGGUCAUACAGAAGUUGUGAAGACUUUGGUUGAAAGAGGCGCAAACAUUAACGCACUGACUGCUAAUAAAUGGUCACCCUUACAUGUAAGUGCUUAUGGAGGUCACUCUGUUAUAGUGAAUUUACUGCUUAACAAAGGUGCCAAUUUAAACUCUGUUGUCGAAGGAGAUAUAACGUUUGGCGCUGUCUAUAAACUACGCAGACUCAUUUAUAGCCAUCUCAGAACCGCCCCCACCUCCUCGUAGACAACCACAAAGAAUUAGAAAAAAAAUACAAAUAUGAAACGUUUCAGAUAUAUUUCCUAGGAAUUUCUACAGGAGAUUUUUCUAGAAAUCUUUACAAAACCUUAUAUGUAUAGGCGUUUCUCCAGGUUUACCUACAGGAAGUUCUUUAGAAAUACGUUUACAGAUUGCUCCAGGAAUACUUUCAGAAAAUACUCAAAGAAUUUUAGAUCCUCUUCUGAAUUUUAGAGAUUUCUUCAGGAUUAUUAUUUUUAACGUAACGUCCUCACUGGGACAAACCUGCUUCUCAGCUUAGUGUUAUAUGAGUGCAAACUGAGAGCUUCCUCUGCCAAUGACCAAUUUGCAUGUGUAUAUCGUGUGGCAGGCUCGGAGAUACUCAAGGAAGUCAAGGCAAUUUUCAUUACGAAAAAUUCCUGAACCGAUCGGGAAUAGCACCCGUCACCCCCAGCAUGGUCAUGCUGGAUACUAGUUUAAUUCAAAAAAUCGUUUUUGCUACCGCUUAUUGAAUUCCUAAUCAGAUUAUAUGCCUUCUCCCAAAAUUUUAGCUCAUUCGGUUGAGAUUUGAGACUGAACAAGCCCGUCAAAGUUUGUAUGGGAAUUACUAUGGGAAACGAUGUUUUUCAUUUAAUCUACCGUAGCAUUUCCCCAAGUGCCCUAGUGGGUUAGUUGACCCUUUGUAAUCCUAGGCUACUCUAUCAGCUACAACUUUGCCGAAGAUCGCAUUCAAAUCGGAGGCCUCAUUAAUUAGUUACCGAUUUUCAUCCAGAAUCGAAAUCGUUACUCAUGAUGGUUAAACUAUUCGGUGGGCAUCACUGCAUUUUGCCGUGAAACAUAGUAGCCAUGAUUUCAGUGUGCUAUCUUUGGUCUCCAGUUAGCCUAGUGGUUAAGGCUAUGGAUCGCCAAUACGGAGACGGCGGGUUCGAUUCCCGUUCCGGUCGGGAAAAUUUUCUCGACUCCCUGGACAUAGUGUAGGGAAGACUGAGGAGACUUGAUCCCUGGGGAGACUUGUUCCCCCCAUAUUUUCUCGGAAUCAAAAACAGUUUUCUUCUAGCAUAUUUUUUCCAAAACAACAUCUGGACAGACGACAAUGUUUUGGCUACAAUUGAUUUUAAUUGUGUAUUGCAUUAUAUUUUAAUCGCUGAUGGUUUGUUUUCAGUCCUUCAGAAAUCUUUUAGGCGAUUCCGAAAAAUCUCAAUACCUUUGUGAAAAUUGAACCAAAUCGUGUCAAAAUUUCACAGCACAUAGUAUAAAGAAAAUACUAUCACCAAAUAAGUAUGUUAUAUAAAUAUUUCAAUUAAUGUAGCUUAGCGUAUACAACAGUGUAUACAUGUGAAAAAUAAAAUUCUAUUUGGAAGCCUCUAUUUACUCGGAAUUUUAGUAUAUUCAAUGAUAAAACGUGUCAGAUAGUAAUUAUUUUAUUACACACCAUUAAAAGAGGGAUCAAGUCUCCCCAUUUUCAAAAUACGGCAUAUCCUUAACAAUUUAAGGAAAUCUUAUAAUUGCAACACCGUAUUCAUGAAAAAUGCAAGAAAACUUGAAAAGAAAAUGAAUAGGAAGUUUCAGGAGUUGUUUUCCUUUUAAAUUAAAAUACAUAAUAAGACAUGCCUCCAUAAAAACAAAGAUUUUUAAUUUAUUAUAUUUGAUAAAAACACAGUUUUGAAAACUUUAGCAAUGAUUUAAAGUCCUUCUGUUGUGCAUAAACUUGCAAAAGAUGUUUACCUACCAUUCUGUACGAAAAAUGAAUCUAGUUUUGUGUUUUUUUUUCUCAAAGUUACAGGCAAAUUAAGAAAAAGGGAUCAAGUCUCCCCAGUCUCCCCUAUCAUUGUACUUGCCUAACAAUAUACAAAUUCAUGCAAUGUCAGGCAAAGAAAGCCCUUCAAUUAAUAACUGUGGAAGUGCUCAAAGAACACUAAGUUGAAGCGAGGCAGGCCAAGUCCCAGUGGGGACGUAGUGCCAGAAAGAAAAAGAAGAUGUUUGGCGCCAUAUGCAGCAAUGUUGCCUGCUGGGAAGCUGGAGGAUGUUAAAGUUUGUCCAGUUGGAUACAUACAGUGGAUGGCCAAAAUGUUUGGGAUAGGCAACUUUUUUUCUCCCACAAAAAAAUAAUAACUUUUCAUAGAGUGCACCAAAAAAUCUCCAAUUUUGACUGUUUGUCAACCUAUUAUAUGUGCAUCUUUGGUACAAAUUUGGGCUCGAUUGAUUAAUCUUUCGUAAAGUUAGAAUCGUUCGGGUAAAAUACUAUUUUUUAGACAACUCAUUUUUGAGCUGUCAUAUCUCGGAAACUAGUGAAUCGAAUUGAAUGAAAUUUUGUACGUACACUAACAAUAUAUAAAUGCUACUCAAACUAUUAAAACAUUUAUACUUUUUGAACGUUGAAAAAAGUUAUCAUGGAUUGACACUUUUUGAAUUUUUCUCGAAAAAAUGUAAUUUUUUUACGUCAAUGUCAAUAAAUUUUAGUGUUGAUGUCCAAAGGUUUUCCACUUCUGUUCUCAAGUUAUCUUUAACCAGAUAUAUUAGAGCCUAUUUAGAUUCAAGAAAGAACACAUUUAGUAAUUUUUGUGUGGUAUUGUAAAAUUGACUUAUUUUCUUCUAUAUGGGUAAAAAUUUCAACCCAGUAAAACUUAAUUCGCCAUAAGAAAAUAUUAAAUUUUAUAACGUUGUAUUAAGUAUCAAUACCCGAGCAAAGGUUGGCAAAUUGAAAACUAAUUUUGAUGUCUUGAUGUCGUAGAUUUUGAUUACUCAUGUUGCUGUCGUUUUGGUCGUUUUAACGGUUAAAACAUCAAAAUCGAGAGCAGAAAAAUGUUCCCCUGAAAUCAAGUUGAAAACUAGUUUUGCUAUCAGUGAUGGCAAAUUGAAAACACAAUAAGAUAUUGGUUUUUUAUCAGCUGAUAACAAAACGAGUAUACAAUAUGAUGCUGUAUAAAGGCAAUGAAAACAAAACUGAGACAACAUAUUUAGUUAUCGAUUUGCAGUAAAAUGAGAACGAUGAAAACAAACUUACAACAUCAAAUUUUGAUGUACAUUUGCUAUAAAAAGAAUGGACGGAAAACAAAAUUUUGAAAACAUAAUCUGCUAUCUUUUUGCUGUAAAAAUAUACUGACGAUAACAAAAACAGGAAUUGCGUUGUUUUUUUUAAUUUAAAUUAAAUAAUAGAAAAAAUAUUAGUUUUUAACUUGUCAUUUAUUUUACCAGAUAAAACAAUACAAGUCCAGCUAUAUUAAUCAAAUUAGUUUUGAGUUUAUAACCUGAUCAUGAACUCUGAUCAUAUUUGAUAAAAAAUUAAAACAUGUAGUUCAAGUCAAAGUAUGUAAAAACAACGUUUUCAAUAAAACUAAACGUCGCCAGCGUUAUGCAAUCGGCCAAAAAUGCCCGCGUGACAGCCGAAAGAUUACGAAGAGGUUUUAUACCGAUUACAGUUACUUAUCACGUUUUGCAUAAGUCGGUUGCAUUUAGAAGCAACUUUCUGAGCCACCAAUGUUGUAUCAUUCAGCAGGAUCCGACGCUCAUGGAGACAAUCUGUAAUAAAUAAAUAACAUAAAUAACUCAGACAACUUGAAUGUUCAAUAAUUAUAAUUUACCGUUGACAAAUUGCACUUUGUUUUUCUCAAGCGCCGUGCGGUCAGAAAUUGUUCGGAAAUUGGCAUCUUCUUGAGCAUCAUCGACAUUUUUCUUGCCACGACCCUUUGGAUUGUUCAAAGAGCGUCCCGUUACUGAUUUUCCUUCAAACCCAUCUGGACAGAUAGCAUACAUGAGCAGCUUCACGAAGAUGUAAUCACUGUCUUUUGCCACCAUGGACAUCUUCGAUACAUUGUCUGCGCUCGGACAAUCAGGAUAUCCAGUGACAUUCUCAAACGGUUUGUGAGUCGAAGGCAAAAGCUUCGACAUCAAAGCUUCCUGCAUCCUUGCAUGAGAUCGCUAAAUAGUGUCCUUACGUUUCUUCAGGUAUCUGUUCUGUCUCUAUAGUUCGAAGUUGUCAUAUUUCAGCUUGGCCACUUCCUCUGCCAAUCCGCAUGAGCAUUCUAGGACCUUCUCUUGAGAAGUCAACGGUUCGUGCACACUCUUGUUUACCAGUUCAUCUUCGCUGAUAUCCCAUCCAAGAAAAUCAUUUUCCAUGUCAGAAUCCGCCGACGUGUCUUCAUCUGAAUGUUGCGGCUCCUCUUGUCCUGCACUAUUUCCGACUUUUUGUCCAGUAAGGAAUCUUGGUUUAGCGACAACCCAGCUCUUGGCAUUCUCAUUUGAAUCAACAGACUUAGACAUUUGCUGUAAAAAUGAGAAUACUGUUUGAAAACCAUGGAAGAUGCAGUGUCGGCAAGACAUUUCUUGACCUGUUUCAAUACGUGAAGGCUUUAGAUAAGGAAUCGCAUAAGAAAUAUGUUAUUGUAUACGUAAUAUGUUCAUUAUGCAACUCAAUUUGCAUUAUGAACCAGUAUGAAAAAAUUAUGAAAUUAAAAUGAUACUGAAUCGCAUAAAAUUAUUUAAGGAACAAAAAUAUCUAGAGCGAUUCCUUUUGACACAAUUUAAUUUACGUUUUGUUCAAUAUCUUACCGUCAUAAUUGGAAGUUUUUUCGGAAUGUCAUGUUUGCCAUUGUGUUCCAACUGUCCAUCGUCAUCAUUACAACCAAAAUGAUCGGCUUGGUUGUCCGAAUCUGAAGUUUCAGAAGCACCUUCCAUGUCGUUUCCAGUAACUUCUUGCAUAGAAGUUUGGUGGCGAAAUCGGCAUCUCUGUGAAGGUUCCUGGUGUUGCGUGAUCGUUGUUUGGAGAAAAUGUGCUUCCAGCUUCGGUAUCGUUCUUCGUUGAUUUUUCACGAAAUCGUUUCUUGGCAGCGGGCUCGCAACUUGGGUCACCUAAUCCAGGCAUUUUCUGUGAAAUUAGGUCAAAGGUUGAAGAAUAACAUUUCAAACUAAUGUUUACCUACACUUGCUUACCCGGAAUUUGUUCAAUGGGAAAGGUUGUAAGUCCCUCCGAUUUUUCGCCUGGCAAACCAACUUGCUUCAUACUAGCCAGAUUAUUCCCGGAAAAUGUGUGUUCCGGUUCGACGCCGCUCUUUGUUCGUUUGCCUUGGGACCGUUUUUUGGUGGCGGGCUCGCCACUUGGCUUGUCGGAUCCAGAUUUCUGUAAAAUCGGUCAAACGUAUAAAAAUAACAGUUAAAAUUAAUUUUUACAAUAGCUAACCCGGAAUUCCGGAAGAUCGUCUCCGCUAUCUUGUUCAGAAGGAAUCGUAGUAAACCUGACUGAUUUUCCGCGUGACAGACCAGCUUGCUUGGUGCUGUCACUCCUGGAAAAUGUGUGUUCCGGUUUAGCGCCGCUCCCUGCUUGUUUUCCAAGGAUGGAAGAUUUGUUGACGGUGGACUCGCUGCAUGACUUUCCGGAUACAGGCAUUGUCGAAUCCGGAAGAUUGUUCCCAUUGUUCUGUUUCGACGACGCCGUUGAAGAAUUAAUCGUUCUUUUGAACGAUGAACUAGCCCGCUUAGCAUUCGACGAAUCACUUCCGGUUUUGACCGACUGACCGAAUUUGACGGAAUUUGUACCAUUUUUUUCGAGUUUCGUCGAGGCUGGCCCAAGCGCUUUCUGUAGAUGAAGAGAGGUUAGAAACUUGGCAAACUAGCUUUUCUUGUCAAAAUACGGUUGGUUCUGAAAAGCCUUUCAGGAUAAAAUCCGAGUUCUGCUCGUUGGCCAGCGUUAACACGCGUUUUUUUGAUGCAGUUGUGCGCUUACGAACCAUUUUUUAUGGAUUAAACUUGCAAAACACCAAGCGAAACACGCACGCACUGCAACUGACGUGAACGCAACAAAAUAUGAACCGUUCACGAUUUUGACGUUUAAGCGCUGCCGUGUUUACAUAAAAUGAACUUGUUAACAUGGCCACUUAGAUAACAAUUCCUUUAAGGGUUCCUCAGUUAAUCCUCCAAGAAUUCGUCGGAAAAUUUCCUAGAAGUUUCUCAGGAAUUUUACCAGGAGUUUCUCGGGAAUUCAACUAGCAAUUACUCGGGAAUUCCUUCAGGCGUUCCUCGGGAAUUCAUUUUGGAAUAUCAAGGGAAUUUCUCCGGGAGUUCCUCGGGAAUUUCUCGUCCAGUUGCUCGGAAAUUCUUCAAGAGAUACUCGGGUAUGCAUCUAGGAGAAUACCUCUAUGAGUUUUGGAAAUUCCUCCAGGAAUUUCUCAAUAAUUCUUAAAGGAUUUUUUUUUAUUUCUUCAGAAGCUCUUUGGAAAUUCCUCCAGAAGUUCAUCGAGAAUCCCUCUAGCACGGGGGUGAAUCUUCGUUGCGAAAAGAGCCGCUCAUUUGAUUGCUGGACACUAGCGAACCUGGUGGUGGAAAGCAAGCUUUUUUGUACAGCGAGCAUAGGGCGGGAGCGAGGCACGCUUUGAUGUUUUUUUUAUUUCUCCAAAGAAAUUCAUUCCAAUCUAGUUCUCCAAGUGAAAACUUUACGACUACCACCUCGAAACUUCAAAUUUGUUCGAAGAUACACAUCUGUUCUGUGCCUCUAGCAUUUUUUUCGGGAAUUCUUCCAGAAGAUUCUUGGGAAAUGUUUCGGGAGUUUAUCAAAAAUUCAUCUGGAUAUACCUGAAUACCUUCAGGAAAUCGUCGGGAAUUCCCAGAAAACCCCUGGAGUAGAUUUUCUGGAGACCAAGAAGAAUUCCCGAGAAACUGCCGGAAAAGAACCUCGAGAAACUAUGAAGAACUGCACGUGGAAUUCUUUGAGGGAGUCCCGAGAAGCAUGUAACUCCUCAGAAUAUUCCCGAGGAAUCCCAGGAGGCCAAGGAACUCCAGGAGGUUUUCCCUAGAAACUUUUUAAGGAAUUCCUGAAGGCAUUCUCGAUCAACUUCUGGAGAAAUUCCCGAGGAACUCCUGCAAGAAUUUCAGAAGAACUCCCGGAAGGAAAUUACCGUGGAUCUCCUGUAGAAAUUCCGGAGGAUCUCUUGAAGAAAUUCCUGAGGAUCCUUGGAUGAAUUCUAAAGGAACUCCUGCAGGAAUUGUUGAGGAUUCUUGUCAAUUUCCUCCAUGGAUCUCCUGAGAGAAUUUCCGACAAACUCCUGGAGGAUUUUUCGAUGAUCAUCUGAAGGAGUUCUCGAGGAUCUCCUGAAGGAAUUCUCGUGGAACUCCUGGAAGAAUUAGCUCCGGGAGGAAUUUCCAUGGAACUCCUAGAGUAAUUCUCGUGCAACUCCUGGAGGAAUUUACGAGAAUCUCUUGGAGGAACUCCCGAGAUUCUCCUGCAGGAAUUCCCGAAACUCCUGGAAGAAUUCUCGAUUCGAUUGGACCUCCUAGAAGAAUUCCCGAUGAAGCCCUGGGAAAUUCCCGAGAAAAUCCUGUAGGGAUUUCCGAUGAACUUCUGGAAGAAUUGCCAAGGAAAUCCUGGUGGGAGCUUCUGGAAAAAAUGUCGAGGAACUCUUAGAGAAUUCUCGCGAAAGUUCUUGUUGGGGAGUGAGACAUUUAAAUGUCCCAGGAUUUAUCCUCACAAUUCUAUCAGGUUCGUAUCACUCCACCAUCCCCACUGAGAAUUUCUCUCUAUAUAUGAAUAAGAAAAGGAAUAGGGCUAUUUUAGGCAAGUAUAGCAGCUCUCGCUAGUAAGCAAGGCGCCACGACGGAGUCCAGUAGGACAGUUAAAUUAAAUGUGGAAUUUUUCGAGGAACUCCUGGAGGAACUUGUAGAAGAAUUCCUGGGAGAAUUCUCGUGAAACUCAACUCAUGAAGAAAUUCUCGGGAAACUUAUAACAGAAUUCCUGUGGAACUCCUACACUCAGGAAAAUUGCCUCAUACUUAAUGUCAAAUAUCCAUGUGCCAAACCACAUCCAAAGUAUAUGCAACCAAUACCCGAUUACGCAGGCAAUUUAGCGCAUGAAUAGUAUGUGCUCUAAAUUGUGUGAGUCGCUGCUGUAUGGUGCCUCAUCAAAAGUAUGAGUCGCACUAAUGAAAAACAUUUGUUUACCCCCAUUGCAAAAAUCCAUGUCCCGGACACAUAGAAGGAAUGAAGAUUUUUUUCCCAGUGUAGGGAUAUCACUGAUAGGCUAUCUUCAAAAUUCGUUUAAAAAUCAGAAUUAAGGUUUACGUGGGUUUACCAAGAUGAUAUUUUUAUAUAAAGUACAAAAUAACAAGUUUUGCAUGUUUAUCACAAAAAAGUUUGAGUUUUGGCAAAAAAAAAACACUAAAAUAUCACAACAGUUGCAAUGAUAGUGUUCAAGAGUGCGGAUCAAUAUCAGGUCGUAUACACGGUCAGAAAAUUCACACAAAACUGAGCUAAAGUGGGACAACUCAAAAUUGAGUAAAUUUUUUUUCCAGCGCUAGCGCUGACCCAAGUGCGAAAAUCUCAUCAGUUUAAGUCGUAUAAUAUUCUUGCUGAUGUGAAGAAUAUUAUACGGCUUAAAUUGGUUGGAUUUUUGCACUUGGGCCAGCGCUAUCGCUGGAAAUGCAAUUUACUCAUUUUUUUAGCUGUUCCAGUUUAGCUCAGUUUUGUGUGAAUCUUACUCAUUUUAGAGUAACUUUUUCUUAGCGUGUACCCUGUCAUUGUCGUUUUGAUAUUGAACGGCCUGGAGUGAUAGUGACGAUUGUGCAAUAUCAGUAGUCACCUGAUAAUACUGAUAUUGCGCAACUCUGUUUAGAAUAUGUUAAGCUUGUAAAUUUAAAUUAGAAUAAAUCACAUUGAUUGUCAACUCAACCAAA